CAGCGGGAGAUUUAUUAUGGUUGCGUCUGCCCCGUGCGCAGAGCGUCCUGCGUCCGCGGCUCUGAUUGGCCGGCUGGCAGUGAGCGCUCCACAGCGCCGCGCCGCUCCGGGAUCCUCUGGCGCAGAGAGAAAGCGCAGCCUGGCCCCCUGCGAGCACCGAGCCGGGCUGGGAGGGCAGAUGAUGUGAUGUGAUCCAAUACGGGCGGCCGGCUGCAGCUACGGGCGCACUGGCACUUAUAAGCGACUGUCGACCUCGGCCCUGCUCACUACUGUGUGUGUGCGUGUGUGUGUGUAUCUGUGUGUGUGUAUGUGUCGUCGUGGGAGCGGAGGCGCAGAAGCCCGGAGGGUGACCGAAGCGGCCUGUGAGCGUGAGCGCAGAUUCAGCACAAACAGGUUGUUGUGGCUGUCUGGCUCAGUGACAGAGGGACAACAAGACAACCACCCAGGGAGAGGGCAGCAGAUAGGGGCCCCGCAUGAACAGAGUGCACUGCGCAGGGAUUCUGCUCUCUCCAGAAUCCUGCCUCUGUCUUUUCCCAAGAUCUUAUCGUGCUUUGAAAUCUGCUGCGCUUGGAUUUUCCAUGUUUCUGAGAAAAGGCGCUGAUGAUGACUGCAGCAUUGUUUGAGUGUAUUUCCAGUCAGCCAUGAUGUCAGUACAAACUCCUCCUCUCUCCCGCUCUGGCUCCUCCCCCUCAAAUGUGGGUCUGGCCAAUCGCAGCGGCCCCUCCGCCAACCCUCCCACCUCCCUCAGCCUUCGCUCAUCAUACAACCAGCUGCUUGGGCGAGAUGUCAUCAAGGAGUCCAUGGAAACCGGAAGUUCGGCCACAUUGCCAAAGAGCCGUCAGAGGUACGCAAUGACCAGUGUGCGGAGCGCCAUGGGGAUAAGUGACAACUUGGCUUUGUCCUCUAAAAACCAACCUGUAACCAGAGGGCGGGGCCUUCCCACUAAGUCCUCCUCCAGUUCUGCCCUCUACUCCUCCUCUUCCUCCUCCUCGCUGUUUAAUACAACCAACCCCAAACUAGCCAAGAAUGGGGCCAACAUGCAGAGACGAGCUGAGAGUCAGCAGCUGGAGCUGAGCAGGACCAAUACAGAGGGCAAAAUCCACAAUGAUCUCAUGAAUAACCCCAGUUCUGACUGGCUAGAGUUUGGAAAAGACAACUCACAGUUGCCCCCGUUCCGUAGAAGGACCAAGAGCUUCUUGGAGUACCAUGAGAAGGGCUGGGAUCUGGACCUCAGUUGGGGAAACAAAGAGGACAAGGAGGAGAAGAAGCAACAGCCUUCCCCAGAGAAGGAGCAGGCCAGCCCUGCCAAGGAGAGGGAGAGCCAGAAGGAGGAGAAGCCCAGCAGCAAGCAGACCUGCCAGGAAGAGAAGGAAGAGGUGGAGCCAGUGGUGGAAGAAGAGGAAGAGGAAGAUGACCCCACACCGACACCAAGACAGCCCCUGCUACCAGUGGUGGUGGAAGCCCCUCUUUCCUCCACCUCCUCCUCUUCCACCAAUAGCCCAGAGUGGGUCCCAGACAACCAGAACCAGGCUCCAGCACAGGUCAGGGAGGAGCUCUGUGUUCAGGUUCAGGCUAGUCCACGCAGUCCUGCAAAGCCCCCUCGGAGCUCCCAACCCCGCGUGAUCAAGGUGGAGCUGCACCCCAACAAUGAGAACCAGUUCCUGCAACAGUACCCACCUUCUUCCCCUAAACAGGCCCGGGCUGCAGAGAGGAACACCCCUACCAGGAGCCGGGCACCCCCUUCCCUGCCAGAUCCUGAACCAAUGACUGGGCUCCCUAAAGUGGGCUUAAGAAUUGAUCUGACUCCUGACACUCCAUCAGAGGAUGAAGACUCAAGCUGGACCACCCUGUCCCAGGAGACGCCCUCUCCUCAGACUCCACGGGACACAGCAGAUGUAUGGGGUGAUGGGGACCUGCCCCCAGGCUGGCGGGAGAUCUCAGACUCAUCAGAGGUCUAUUUCUGGCACAUCCCCACCGGCACCACACAGUACCACCGACCUGUUGCCUCUGGCAACGAACACACAUCUCCCAACAUUGAGCCAGACACUGAGCAUGACCCUCAACAGGAAACGCAGGACUCCCUCAAGCCACCCAACGAGCGCCCUAGCAGUCUGAUAUCUGACAGCUCGGUGGAGCCUGUCCCCUCGCCCUCUGGCUCCUCCCCCCCCUCCUCCUCCUCCACCCCCUCCAAUGAUGUCACCUCUUGUGGACCAAAUCUCAACAUCACCACCUGCACAGCCAACGAGCUGAAGGACUAUCCAGUCUAUCCAGAUCCCAGUCUUAAGGCGUUUGAAGGGGCUACCCUCCGCUAUGCGUCACUUAACCUCAACACCCCAGCCCAGCUAGAGACAGUGGACCUCAACAAUACCUUCUCCGAUCCAGAGGCAAUGUCAUUUCCAGUGCGAUCUCUGGGCUGGGUGGAGAUGGCAGAACAGGACCUGUGUGAGGGGAGGAGCAGUGUGGCCGUCCACCACUGUAUCAGGCAGCUGUCCUACUGCAGGAGGGACAUACGAGACUCUGCCGGUGUCUGGGGAGAGGGCAAAGGGAUGCUGCUAGUGCUUCAGGAUCGCAUGUUGACCCUGGUUGACCCAGAUGAUCGCAGCCUGCUCCAUUCUCAGCCAAUCAGCAGCAUCCGUGUCUGGGGCGUCGGCCGAGACCACGACAGAGAAAGGGACUUUGCCUAUGUGGCGAGAGACAAAAACACACGGGUGCUGAAGUGCCACGUGUUCCGAUGUGAUACUCCUGCCGCAGCCAUCGCCACAAGUCUCCACGAAAUCUGCUCCAAGAUUAUGGCUGAAAGGAAAAGUGCCAAGGCUGCAGCUGGCAGCUCCUCCCAGACUGGCUCCGAUGUACCCCUACAAGAGUUUCCCAUGCCAAAGACUGAGUUGGUGCAGAAGUUUCAUGUGCUGUAUCUGGGUAUGACGUCUGUGUCUCGCCCCAUAGGUAUGGAUAUCAUAAAUGGAGCCAUAGACACCCUCAUGUCCUCCACAGGCAAAGAGGACUGGAUUCCUGUCAUAUUGAGUAUUGCUGACACCACUCUGGCUGUCAUCAAAGAAAAGGAAGAGGACGAGGAGGUGUUGGUGGAGUGUCGUGUCCGUUUCUUGUCCUUCAUGGGCGUGGGACGGGAUGUGCACACAUUUGCCUUCAUUAUGGACACUGGGAGUCAGCAUUUCCAAUGUCAUGUGUUCUGGUGCGACCCCAACGCAGGCAGUGUUUCUGAGGCUGUGCAGGCAGCAUGUGUGCUGCGGUAUCAGAAGUGUCUGGUGGCACGGCCGCCCUCCCAACGCGCUGGCUCCUCCUCCUCGCCCUCUCAGGACUCGGUGACCCGCCGGGUGACCACCAGCGUGAAACGUGGCGUCCAGUCUCUCAUAGACACUCUGAAAACCAAGAAACAGCCGUCAGAACUCUCCCAGCAAUGACCGUCACCAGUGACCACAGCACUCCCCCAGCCGACGCCUGGACGCCACUCACACACUAUCGCCACGACAACACAUAAUCAGUACCAGCCAUGGUAACCAAUGAUGUACAUAUAUGUUAACAAACACCACCGCAGAUGAAGGAAAGAGGAGCAAUCAUCCAGUAUGCCUGAUGAUAAAAAAAAACAAGAAAUUGUAUCUUUCAUGAGGAGGAAUGAAAAAGCUGGUGUCAUUGGUUGAACUUUGACCUUUGAAACCACCUGCUGGCUUCAUUGGCCCUUACUGUAUGUGGAUUUGUGAGCUAGAUGGAUUACUUGAUCAACCAAUCUACAGACAGGAUACAGGAUAACCCAGAAGAAAAAAAAUCUAAUUUCUUUUAAGACUGAUUACUCAAUUUUCUUUCAUGCUCUGUCCCCUUCUGUAAAAACAGUCAUCAGCACAGUAAGCGCUCACCUGAGAUGCCAAGCUGCGGGAGCCUUCCAGGACAGAAAAGAUGUCGUCUUGCUUUCAUGGGAUUUUGACAGGUGAAUAAAAAAAGCAACCAAGACCAGACAGACAAGACCUGUCAACGUGCUCCCUCCCACCAAAUGGCAUAGAAAUGUUUUGAUCCCUUCGAUGUGUGACAGACUUGAAACAGACAAAAAACGUAACAUCUUCUUUGAGGAUGAAUGCAGUGAUUGUAAUAAUGAAGUGUAUGUAAAUGAUUGUGUGUAGGAAGAGAGAAUUUAGGGCACAAAACUUACUUGUAGAUAUGAGGGAGAGAUGAGGUGUUGGUGACAGAAAAUAAGACAGAUGUGGGUUUGAUUUUGCAUGUUUUCUUGAUGGGAUAUGUUUUAUGUUGAUGAGUUAAUAAGGGUCUCGGUAAAACAGUGGUGAACAGACAAGAAAUAGAUGCUCUCAGCACAAGUCAUCUCCACUUGACCAUGACUGGAUUUACACUGGCACAAAAAAUCUGGCCUAUUUCUACCCCAUAUCUGAAAAAAAGGUUACUCUCUACCCCAUUUACAGAAUCACAGUUAAGGAUUGUCAGUCAGCGAUUUUUACUUUCUAUUGCUUGAUGGAUGAGUAGAUCUGCAAAAGAAAGGUAACAUAUUUUAAUGUAUUAUGAAGCUUUAAAUUAGUUAAGAUUGUAAUUUUUGCAUUCAUUAUAGAAAAACUGAAUUUAAAAUCUCAAGAAUGUUACAUUAUAUAUGUUCAAACUUUACAAUUUCCUCAGGAAUCUUUAUGCAUACACCCAAGGUUUAUGUGGUAGCAAGAAAGUCCAGAUCCAGGCUUUGACUCCUGGCUAUAUGAACAGUAGUGCACAAUAGUGUUUGCCCUGCUUGGACAGCAUGAAAAAGAUCAAAUCUGUGCCAGACAGUAAGGUUUAACUAUAUUUUCUCUUUCUCAGUAAAUCCAGCCAGUCUACUCCCACUCACAAACAAAAUAUACACACACACAAAUACGCACACACAGCAGUAAAAACGUCUGCUGUCACUGCUAUCAAAACCUUUAAACUGCUCCUAUGGCUCAGGGCCACCACCUGCACUCGACGUGAACUCUGUGAAUGCAGUCCAAUCUAAAUGAAAAAGACACACACACACACACACACACACACACAAAACAAAGAAGAGAGAUGCUCUAAAUCAUUUCAGUUCUGUUCUUCACUCAUCUCUACACCAUGUAAAUGUAAUCUGUUGUGACAAUAAAUCCAUUACCAAAAGA